AAAAUAUUCUUCUUCGUCGGUCCUCCUCAAAACCUUAACUCCCCUACCCCACCCCACCCCACCAUUUCCCGUCAUCUCUCCUUCUUACAGUGCAUAUCAACAACCCCACAUUCUUUGGAGGUUUUACGCUUCAGGAAUAUCUGAAAUCUUGUUCGGGUUUUUGAUGUUCUUGAUUGAUUGAUGGCUUUGCGCUGUAUCUGAACCGUUGAAUUUCACAAUACCAAGAGGAAUGCUAGUCGGAUCCCUCUCCUUUCUUCCAUCUCUCCACGCCAUCUCCAACCCUACCAGAUCCGAUAGGAAUUUUUGAUAACCCACUGAUUAAGAAUUCAUUUAAAAUUAUUAUAGAGUUUAUAUACAGCUCAGGAUCCUCAAAUUUCUUUCGUUUAUUUUGGGUUUUUUUUUUUAGUUUUUUUUGUAAUUCAUUUGGUUUGAAGAUGUCGGUGAUGAAAUCCUCUGGCCGAUUUUUCACGAUCGCGUUGGUAGCAUCGUGGUAUUCAUCCAACAUUGGGGUUUUGCUAUUGAACAAGUAUUUGCUGAGCAAUUAUGGGUUCAAGUACCCGAUUUUCUUGACGAUGUGCCACAUGACGGCGUGCUCGUUGCUAAGCUACAUCGCGAUCGCGUGGAUGAAGAUGGUUCCGAUGCAGACAAUAAGAUCUAGGGUUCAGUUCAUGAAGAUUUCGGCACUCAGCUUUAUCUUCUGUGCUUCGGUUGUCAGCGGCAAUAUUUCGCUUAAGUACUUGCCCGUGAGCUUUAAUCAGGCGAUUGGCGCCACCACGCCUUUCUUUACUGCGGUAUUUGCGUAUUUGAUGACCCUGAAAAGGGAGGCAUGGUUGACUUACGUGACUUUGAUACCUGUCGUCACUGGAGUCAUCAUUGCUAGUGGGGGUGAGCCUAGCUUCCACUUGUUUGGAUUUAUCAUGUGUAUUGGUGCAACAGCCGCAAGGGCUCUCAAAUCAGUGCUUCAGGGUAUUCUGCUUUCUUCUGAAGGGGAAAAACUGAACUCUAUGAAUCUGCUUCUGUACAUGGCUCCUAUAGCUGUAGUACUUCUACUUCCUGCAACGCUAUUUAUGGAAGAAAAUGUUGUUGGUAUCACGUUGGCCCUUGCAAGAGAGGAUAACAGAAUUAUUUGGUUAUUGCUGUUCAAUUCUGCGCUUGCAUAUUUUGUAAAUUUGACCAAUUUUUUGGUCACAAAGCACACCAGUGCUCUGACUCUUCAGGUUCUUGGAAAUGCAAAAGGUGCGGUUGCAGUUGUUGUUUCCAUAUUGAUUUUCAGGAAUCCUGUCUCAGUCACGGGAAUGCUCGGAUAUAGUCUCACGGUCUUUGGUGUCAUCCUCUAUAGUGAAGCCAAGAAGCGGACUAAAUGAAAGUGUAACCUUAGGAAAGCUUCAAGCAUAAUACCUGUCUAAUUUGUAAUAUGAGGAGCUGCAACUAUCCACUGGUGGCAAAUUUGGUGAAUCUUUGAUAGUCGUGUAUGGAUUUUUCCAUCAGACCUGUUUUUGGCCAGGAAGGUGUGGACUGCGGUGUAUACCUGUACGAGCAAACGAACACGCUGAGUAGAAGUUUAAAUAACUUUGUAGCCUUGGAUUACCAAAGAAAUUCAUUUUUACCAUUUUAUUCUUUCUUCAAGAACAGAAUCACAUCUGUAGUUCAUGUUAUUGUAUUUUUGUUACAUUAUUCUUACAUCAAUUAAUUAGUGAAAAAUGAUCAGAGUUCUA